GAUGACCUGGAAGGACACUCACAGAUAAAGGGCUUUCCAGAGGCCAGAGGCAGCCCUGUGAGUGGGAACUAGAGUCGGAGUGCCCAGCGCCGAGGGACAGGCCCAUGUCCAGCUCACCGCAGACUCCAGGAACCAGAAAGCCAAUGAAGACUUUAUGUCCAGAUACAUUCACUUUCGAGUUUGAAAACCUACCAGAAGCCUAUGGCCGGAAUUCCACCUACCUGUGCUUCGAAGUGAAAACAAAUACUCUGCCCUCACCUGACUUCCCUGACUCUGGGAUUUUUCAAAACCAGGACCAGCCUCCAGGCCACCAUGCAGAACUGGUCUUCCUCGCUUGGUUCUUCAAGCGACUCCGCCUUGGAGAGUGCUACCAAGUCACCUGGUACGUAUCCUGGAGCCCCUGCUCCCGCUGCGCGGACCAAGUGGCCAACUUCCUGAAGUCACACGGCACCGUGAGGCUUCGCAUCCUUGCCUCCCGCCUCUACUUCUCCAAGAAACUAGAGAACAGAGAAGGGCUCCACAGGCUGUCGCAGGCAAGGGCGGAGGUCAAAAUCAUGUCUCUUAAAGACUUUGAAUAUUGUUGGGAAAACUUUGUGAACCAUGAGGAAAAGCCAUUCCAGCCUUGGAUGAACCUGGAUAAAAAUUCUGAGGGCUGGAACGCUGAGCUUAAGAACAUUCACAGGUCAUCAGAAUCAAGGAGUCAAAGUGGCCAGUUCGGAAGCACUCUUCUGCCUCAAGAAUAUGGACGAGGAGAAAGAAACCCAAGGGACCUGUUAACAGAAGGCAUAUUCUACCAGCAAUUUAACAACAAGCACAAGCUCAAAAAGCCCUACUAUAAGAGGAAGACCUACUUGUGCUACGAGCUGAAUGGCCCCCAACUCGUCAAAGGCUGCUUUCACUACGAGGAAGGUCACCAUGCGGAAAGUCAGUUUAUUGAAGAGAUAGGUUCCAUGGGCCUGGACCAAGGCAGGCUCUACUUCAUCACCUGCUACUUCACGUGGAGCCCCUGUCACAGCUGUGCUCGGAAACUGGUCAGUUUUGUAAAGGGCAACUCCCACCUGUGCCUGAAAAUUUACACCUCCCGCCUCUACUACCACUGGAUCUGGAAGUAUAUCCAGGGGCUGCAGCAUCUGCAGAAUUCCGAUGUCCCUGUGACUGUCAUGACCGACAGAGAGUUUGAGUACUGCUGGACAAACUUUGUGGACAACAAAGGGAUGCCCUUUGAACCCUGGGAGAAGCUGGAUUCAUACAGUAAGAACAUAGAAGAACGGCUCAAGAGAAUCCUGGAGAAACGCUCGACUCCGGAUGAUUUAAACGAAGACUUUAGGAAUUUGUAUCUUUGAUCCCUAGCACUGUCAUCCUCAAGAUAUGUGAGCCUUCCCUGGAGCAUCUCAGGGCUCCAUACACUGAUGACUCUUAGAAGCAAGUAGCAAGUGUUACAGACUGACCUGUCCACCGAUGCGUACCUUGUCCUAAGUCCAGAGAUUUUCUUUUGACCUUCACUCAUUUCUGGUUUUUUUUUAUAAAUGGCUGCAUAGUUUUAUAAUUGUCAAAAAUAAAGAUAAAUUUUAAGUCUAUAAAACCUGGGCUACCUUCUAAGAGGCAAUUAGAUUGUCCCUCAUGAAAGUAAGUAUAAGAGUCUUAUUCUACAACACUGAGAAAAACGUUCUUAUCUGAGAAGUCCCUGUCUAGUUUAGAAUAAACCAAAACCAAACCCACUGCCAUAAAGUCAAUUCUGACUCAUAGUGACCCCACAGGACAGAGUGGAACUGCCCCCAUAGGGUUUCCGAGGCUGUAAAUCUUUACGGAAGCAGACUGCCACAUCUUUCUCCCACAGAACGGCCGGUGGGUUCAAACCACUGACUUUUUGGUUAGCAGCCCAGCAUUUUAACCACUGCACCACCAAGGCUUCUCUAGUUUAGAAUCGUUGGAUUAUUUUGUGAUCUAAGUAUCGUUUGCCUCUUCUGACAGUCUGUGUCUAAAUAAAUAAGGCAGACCUCUAUUGAGUAGAGGUGCCCCAGUAGAAUUGACUUAAAAAAAAGAGAGAAAAACUUUUAUUUAGCGUUCUUAGUUGAAGCAACUAGCACCAACUCUCGCUAAUUAAAACAGAAGAAAAAAAAAAAAAGAUGUUGCAUGGCUCACUGAAGCUCUAGGAAAGGUAGAUGGUUGGGAGGCUUCAAAGCCAGGAAGAAUCCCCAAACCAUGCUGCAAAGCUGGUCUGGUGAAGACAGCACUUCUCCACCCACACCAGCACCCCUGCCUUCCCUGUCUUCCCACCAGAAUGGAGAAACAGGAAAAGGGGGGGAGGGGGACGAGUUACAAUAAAUAAUGAACAAAUAAUCAGAUGGAAAGUAUAAAUUCAGGUGCAUGACGCUAAAUGUGAACAUAAUUAACCCUUCCAUGCAGCUUAUAAGAAACUUUUUAACAACAAAGACCCCAAAAAAAUAAGUGAAUCAAUUUUAUAUGACAGUCUAAGGGCUCUGAAUAUCAAAGACAAAGUUGAGGAGGCAGACUGAGUGACGGGGAGGGAGAGGCAGUUCAGAAGCAGAAAGGAUUUGCCAGAUGUGACCUGGCUGACACCCUGCAGGCUGGAUUGGCCGGAACUCGAGGGCUGAGGCAAUCAGGAGCACUUGGUACAAGCUUUUCACACCAGGAGAAACCAAGUAGUGGAGAACAUGCACAAGGGUUCAGAACCAGGGGUAAGCAACACCGAAUCUACAAAAGCUAAGUGCAAGCAUGUAACCUGCCUUGCAGGAUCAAAAAAAAAAAAAACACUUCCCCCUCCGGGAAGUGCCUCUCUGCCAUUCACCUACCCCCUCCCCACUGUGGUCCCCCCUCCCCCCAGUCUGGCUUCAGAUAUUAUCACUGUCAUGGCCCCUGGGCCAGAAUUGGGAACCAUCACGUUCCCCGAGCCAUUCUCCCAGGUUUGUAGAGGGAACAAAUUAACAUACAACUAACAAACAGGAAAAAAUAAUCUCCCAGCUCCCCUAAACCGGUACCUCAGGGUUGACACAGCCCCUUUACCUUUCACCACUGCCUAGACCGGUGUGGGCCCAUUUCAACAGUGUAGGCCCUCAUUAACAUCGUACAGCAGGGUACAUACCUGAAGCCUAUUUUCAACUGGAACAGCUAAAGGGGGUGGCAGAUUUUUGACAUUUGACACCACCCUACCCAUUAACCAGGAUCCUUACCUACCCACAUCAGGUGCCUGAGAACUGGUGGCUCCACCCACUCCACCUAGCCACCUGAGACAGAGGUCCAAGAAUAAGUGGUGCCCCCCAGACCUUACAGUCAACAGCACUGGGUGCCCAAUGUCUGGCUGCAAAACCCACCCACCUAUGUGCUCUAGGGAACAAAGAUAUGCCUCCCACCCAGGCACUCAGGGACAGCUGUCACCCCCUACCUUGCUCAGCACAUAACCCCCUACUGCAGCCAGAUACCUGCACUGCCUGCUCCAAGCACCCUUAUGUAGCUCUGCCUGUCUAGUACUGUAGGUGAGAACCUGCACCACACACUUGUGACUGACAACCUGGACACCUGAACUGAAUCCAAACAAGAAAAUUAAAAGGACUCUGGACUCACAUACCUAGUAGCAGCUCUAACCACCUGGUCACAGAACAUGAGAGCUUCAAAUAUGCCAAUAAUCAAAGUAGCUCACAUGACCAGCCUAUUCAGACAUAUCAAAACAAAACAAGAAGCUAGGACACAGUAACCAAAUGUAAAUAUAAUAACUUAUUGAUGGCUCAGAGACAACAGUCAAUAUCAAAUUACAUAAAGAGGCAAACCAUGAUGGCUUCAGCAAGCCACCAAAGCAAUGAACCAGGAAACUUCCCAGAGGAUCGGGAAGGAGAUCAGGCAAAAUGGAGACCAAGCCAAGGAACACACAUACAAAGCAACAGAGGAACUUAAGAAGGUUAUACAAGAGUAUAAUGACAAAUUUAACAGGCUGCAGGAAUCCAUAGAGAGAUAGCAAAUAGAAACCCAAAAGAUUAACAAUAAAAUUUCAGAAUUAGACAACUCAAUAGAAAGUCAUAGGAGCAGAAUUGAGGCAAUGGAAGUCAGAAUUAGUGAGAUUGAAGAUAAAGCACUUGACACCACUUUAUUCGAGGAAAAAUCAUAUAAAGGAAUUUUUCUUUUUUUUAAUGAAGAAACCCAAGGAUUAUGUGAGACUCUAUCAAGAGGAAUAACCUAUGAGUAAUUGGAGCACCAGAACGGAAAAUACAGACAGGAUUGUUGAAGAUUUGUUGGCAGAAAGAAUCCCUGAUAUCAUAAAAGACAAGAGGAUAUCUAUCCAAGAAGCUCAUCGAACCCCACACAGGGUAGAUCCCAAAAGAAAAUCAUCAAAACAUAUUACAAUCAAACUUGCCAAAAACAAAGAUAAAGAGAGAAGUUUAAAAAAAGCUAGGAAUAAACGAAAAAUCAUUUACAAAGGAGAGUCAAUAAGACUAAACUCUGACUACUCAGCAGAAACUAUGCAGGCAAGAAGGCAAUGGGAUGACACAUAUAAAGCCUUAAAGGAAAAAAUUGCCAGUCAAGAAUUACAUAUCCAGCAAAACCGUCUCUCAAAUAUGAUGGUGAAAUUAGGGCAUUUCCAGAGAAUUGGAAGUUAAGGGAAUUUGUAAAAACCAAAAUUACAAGAAAUACUAAAGGGAGUCCUCUGGUUAGAGAAUUGUUAACAUCAGAUAACAACUCAAGACUAGAACACUGGACAGAACAACCAGAUAUUAACCCAGAUAGGGAAGUCACAAAAAUAAAUCAAAGCUAAAACAAUGAAAAUAGGGAAACAGAGACAGCAAUGUGUAAAAGAUGACAGUAUUAAAACAAAAAAAAAGAGGGACUAAAUAAUGUAGCCAUAGAACUUUCGCAUGGAAGGAAGUCAAGGCAAUAUCAAAAUAUAAAAGAUUGGUUUAAACUUAGAAAAAUAGAGGUAAAUUUUAAGGUAACCCCAAAGGAAACUAACAAUCCUACACAUCAAAAUAAAAAGCAAGAAAAACAUAAGACUCAGCAAAUACAAAAUCAACAACAAUGAAGAAGAUGAAAAGAAAAUACAUAAAGAAAAACAACGUGGCACCGAAAAGUAAGUGGAACAAAGAAACUGUCAACAACACAAAAAAAAAAUACAUCAAAAUGACAGCACUAAAUUCAUAUCUAUCAAUAAUUACACUGAAUGUAAAAGGGCUAAGUCCACCAAUAAAGGCACAGACAGUGACAGAAUGGAUUAAAAAAAAAAACCCACAA